AUGUCACAUCUGAGACUUCCCAUAGAGUACACCUCAAAGAGACAAGGUCAGCAACAGAUAUCUCAGUCCCGGACAACCGCUCAAAGCGAUGAAAAGCUAGUUCAACCAAACUGCGAGCUGAGUUGGUCGCAACUGGUACACGCAGAAAUCAUUGCCGUAGCCAGUACUAUGCGCAAAAAUUCGCGGUGGUCUGGAAUGAGCGUUAGCAGUUUGAAUAUGGGUAGUUUAGGAAUGAGUAUGGGUUUAAGAGGAAGAAGCCCCAUGACCGACGACGUUGGCUAUAUAAAUCAGGAGAGCCCUCUGAUGGCGGGUUUUACGAAUUUAAGAAAGCAGCUUGCUAGUGUGUCAGAUCUGCGAGAACUUGAUGCUGUAUCAUUGUUGGAACCGUUUUUGGAAGUCAUACGUUCAGGAGAUACUAAUGGACCCAUAACCUCAACAGCUUUAAGCAGUGUAGAGAAACUGUUGACCUAUGCGAUUAUAAACAAGAACUCGCCCAACCUCCCAAAUGCUAUGCUGAUGCUUUCUUCUGCCGCAACCCAUUGCAAAUUUGAAGCGAGCGACUCUGUCUCGGAUGAAUUUGUAUUACUUAAGAUUUUGCAAGUGUUACGUCUUGCAUUAACUAGUGAAGUUGGGCAGGUUUUAGGCGACGAAUCUUUGUGCGAGAUGAUGGAGACUGGGUUGAGCAUGUGUUGUCAAAUGCGCCUUAGUGAAAUGCUUAGACGUUCAGCGGAGCAUACAAUGGUUGUUAUGAUUCAAACAAUGUUCCAGAGGCUUAAACAUUUGAAUGAAGAUUCGGAAACUUCACCUCCCAAUGAAGACGAAGGGAAUAGCAAUACGCCGUCUUUAGAUUCUCAAGUGCGAAUGGCGCCACCUGAUCCUAAAUCGCCUCAUCUUCCUCUUUCUUCAACCAAUGAGAGUGACAUACCAAAUCUUAUGGGUAAUUUUAAUAACUUGUCUGUAUCGGCGACGGAGGAAGUCAAAGAUAAUGAACAUUUGCAGACUCAAGAGAAUACUGAAGAGGUUGAACACGUAAGCGCACCGGUUACAACGAACGACGUUGGUGACCAAACACAAGACGCUGCCCUUCCCGAUCUAACCGAUGAGGAAGAAGAUAAUGAACCUCGACCAUUUGGUUUACCAUCGAUAAGAGAGCUGUUGCGAGUUCUAAUAUCUCUAUUGAAUCCGCAUGACCAUCAGCAUACAGAUACAAUGCGUCUUAUGGCCUUGAGUAUUCUCAAUGUUGCUUUUGAAGUUGGUGGUCGAACAAUGGGUCGAUUCGAAAGUCUGAGAAACCUCGUCGUCGACGAUCUGUGUAAAUCCUUAUUUCAGCUGGCUCGCAGAGAGAACAUUGCUUUACUUACUCUCACCCUCCGCACAAUAUCAACUGUAUUUGAUACACUUCGACCACAUUUGAAGCUUCAACAAGAACUCUAUCUAUCCUUUUUAAUCGAAAGAUUAACUCCCGCCAGCGCAUUACCUAGUGCUGCCUUUAGUACAGACAUACCUCUCAUCCUCGAUAGUAACGAUUCUCCUCAUGCGUCAGGGUCCUCAACGCCGCUCAAUACGCUACGCGAUAAAUCUAUUCGUGGAAGUAGUGAUGCUACAGUUGCUACUGGAGAAGUGCGCGAGCUACUCCUCGAAUCGUUGGGACAGCUCGCCAGGGAGCCGACUUUCAUGGUUGAUCUUUGGGUUAACUAUGACUGCAAUGUUGAUUGUAGUAAUCUAUUCGAAGACGUUGUCGCGUUUUUAAGCAGAAAUUCAUUCCCGAAUCCAACUCUCUACUCUGCAAGCAAUUCACAUUUAUUAUGUAUAGAUGCUCUCUUAAUGUAUGUGAACCAUAUGGUUGAUCGACUACAAGCGGAGAAAAAUCACACAGCCACACCAAACUCAGGAUUCUCUUGGAAAGAACUAUCUGCAUCUGAUUACAGUCUUGGACUGCGGCCAUCGGUGUAUCCUUCGCCUGUUGAGCUAUUGGAAAGGAGAAAAUGGAAACAAAUAUUGUUGGAGGGAGCGGCGAAAUUUAACGAAACCACCAAAGCAGGUCUCGAGUUCUUGGAAGCGAAUGGUGUCAUUUACGACGACCCGUCUGUCAAUAGGGAAACAAGUCUCGCUGGUUUCUUGAAAUCUACGCCACGAUUAAACAAGACAAUAUUGGGUGACUUUCUCUCUAAACCUUCAAACAUCGAAGUGUUAAAGGCUUUUGUGAGACUUUUCGAUUUCAAGGGGAAAAGAAUCGAUGAAGCUAUGAGAGAAUUGUUAGAAUCUUUUCGGCUGCCGGGAGAAGCUCAGCAGAUUGAGAGAAUAAUGGAGACUUUUGCAACAACUUAUUUUGCUUCUGGCCCACCGGAAAUAGCUACUCAAGAUGCUACGUUUGUGUUAUCAUAUUCUGUCAUAAUGUUAAAUACCGAUUUACAUAAUCCACAAGUUCGACGCCGUAUGAGUAUCGAUGAUUAUAUGAGAAAUCUUCGAAAUGUCAACAAUGGACAAGAUUUUGACCACGAAUACCUGCGAGCUAUUUAUGAUGCUAUUCGAAAACGAGAAAUUGUCAUGCCAGAAGAGCAUGAAGGACAACUCGGAUUUAAUUACGCAUGGAAAGAACUGAUUCAUCGUACAGAGACAGCUGGUCCCCUUAUAAUAUGCGAUGUCCCAUUAUAUGAUAAAGACAUGUUUAUAACCACAUGGAAACCGAUAGUGACAGCUAUUUCUUACGCGUUUACUUCCGCUCCUGACGAUAUGACCCUGCAGAAAGCUAUUACCGGAUUCCAUCAAUGUGCUCUCCUUUCGGCAAACUAUCAACUCUAUGACGUAUUCGAUUAUAUAAUUAUGACACUUGCCAAGAUGACUGGCUUACUUGGCCAGCGUUAUUCAAAUGAAACAGCCAGCAACCCUGUCGUAAAAGUUAACGAUACUGAUGUCACAAUUAGUGAUUUAUCCAUUGAGUUUGGAAGAAAUUAUAAGGGGCAGCUUGCGUCUGUAGUCUUGUUUGCUAUCGCCAAUGAACAUGGAAACGUGUUAAAAGACGGUUGGAAAUUCAUUCUUGAGAUAAUUAAGAAUCUCUUUGUUAAUUCCUUGUUGCCAAGCUCCAUGUCACAAGUCGAAGAUUUCUUAGAGGGUACGACCACUAUACCUCUAAAACCCAAAAGCUUACCAAUAAGAGAUGAUCGAACCCGUGGGAAUUCAUCACUCUUGUUCUACUUGCUUGCAAACGCUGGAAUUUUGGAGCCUUCCCGAAGCGAACCAACCGAGGAAGAAAUUGAAUGCACCAUGUGUACUGCUGAUUGUGUCGCGGUGUGUCGUCUCGAAGAGCUCUUUGCGGACAUUAGGUUAUUGCAACAGGAGUCGCUCGAAUAUCUGAUGGAGGCACUCAAAUUCAUUGCAGAUGGUAACUCUCCCUCCGAUUCUUUGAAUUCACGAAGUUCCGUAUCGCAAGAAUUGUCCAACCAAAAUAUGCAGGGUAGCGCCCCAUCCAAGCCGUAUGACCCCGCUGCCGUCUUUUUCCUUGAGCUCAUGAUAAAUGUUACUCUACAAAAUCGAGAUCGAGUGCAGUCCUUAUGGCCAAUACUGUUCGAACAUAUUGCGGAUAUACUAAAAGAUUCUACGAAUCGUAGUAUUCUAUUAGUAGAGCGUACAGUAGUCGCUUUGCUAAGGUUAUCCAUUCGGCUAACGCAUAAGGAGGAAAUGGUAUCCGACGUUCUCCGAUCUUUCGAGUUGUUAAAGGCCUUGCCAACUGACAUAAUGCAUUCGGUCGGUGAGCAAAUGAUGGCUGGAGUAUAUAAUCUAAUUAAAGCUGACUCAUCUUAUAUAAGGGGCCAAGCUUCAUGGGAGACUUUAUUCGGUCUACUUCGCGCAACUUCGACUCAUCCUCAGGCAUCUAAAUAUUCAUUUGACACACUCGUCCUGAUCAACGAGAGCAAGAACGUGAACAGUGACAACUUCAACGAAAGUGUAGAGUUGCUGACAGAGUUCGCGUCUGCUGCCAGGGUUUUGGUUGAAAAGGAAAGGUCACCUGAGAAGAAUGCGAAGACUUACCUUUCGACGACUCAAGCAGAUAUUUUAGAAAGGGCACAAAAGUCUGUGGAGCUUCUCUAUCAACUGUAUACAGAGAUACCACGCCUCCUGAGCGUGUCACAAACCCCAAUAGAAGAAGUUUGGUCGACAUAUUGGCUACCUAUUCUAACGGGAUUAAGCCAGCAAUGUUACAACUCAUGUCGCGAGGUUCGACAAACCGCAAUGACAUAUCUCCAACGCGCUUUACUUAAUCCAGAUUUGGCAUCAUACAAUCUUACUGAAUGGGUUGUUAUUUUCGAUGUCGUUCUCUUCCCUCUGUUGGAUCAACUGCUGGAGCCGGAAAUCUUCAAUAUAGAUCCAGUAGGGAUGGAUGAGACGCGAAUGCGAGCAUCCGCCCUUCUAUGCAAGAUUUUUCUGCACUAUUUGAACAGACUCGUCGAGUGGAGAGGGUUGAUUACCCUAUGGUCGCAGAUACUAGACGUGAUGGAACGAUACAUGGCAAUUGGAGACAAUGAUUCGUUGAGUGAAGCCAUCCCCGAAUCUCUUAAGAAUAUGUUGUUGGUUAUGUCAACGUCAGGCGUGCUCCAACGUGAGACUAACGAGAAGGAAGAAGAGCCCAUGAACAAAAACAUGAUUGCAAUGAAACCCUUCAACAGGAGUUCAGCGUUCUUCACUAGUCAGCCGUUGAACGCUCAGGAGUUUCUGCUCACUAGUAAAGGGUAG